AUGUUAUACUGGUGCCUACCGCUUGAUGCCAGUCUGCACAAAGGACUUGAUCCUAUGGGUUUCCUGUGUGGAAGAUUAUGUGUAUUUAUUCUUCUUUUUACAUUUUUGUCAUCUAAUUGCAGUGACAGUGGAAGUGGAGGUGGGGAUUUUGUUGCUGGUUUUCUUCUGGGAGGUGCGAUUUUUGGAACACUAGCUUACAUCUUUGCUCCCCAGAUUAGAAGAUCUCUGUUGAAUGAAGAUGAAUACGGGUUUCGUAAGGCCAAAAGACCGAUAUACUAUGACGAAGGUUUAGAGAGGACUAGGCAGACUCUGAACGAAAAGAUAGGCCAACUAAAUUCGGCCAUUGAUAACGUGUCUUCACGCUUGAGAGGUGGCAAUAAUGUGCCUGCAACACCAGUAGAAAGUGACCCUGAAGUGGAAGCUACCCUGUGAGGCGUUUCUUGUUUGGUUCCAUUAUUUUUUCAGUACUGCUUUCACUAACGCUUGAGUAGUGAUUAUAAAUAAUUGAAGACCGUAUACCUGUUAAAAUUGGUUCUGCUACCUUAUUUUGCCAUAGUUUUUUGGGUUGCAUGUUCGAUAGCAAAAGACUUCCUGCUGGAUACGUGGAAUCUCUUGAAUGGAAUUUAUAUCUCUUGUUUUCUAUA